AAAGGAAUACGAGAGGAAGUGGGCCUCGGGAAUCUUACAGGAGACGGAGAGUGAUGGUUGUUGAGAGCGAGAGGCUUUCUCCUUCUUCAACCUCUCUGUUCUUCUCUUACCCCUAGAACUCCACGGAAACAUGAACCAAGAAUCCAAGCGCAGCAAUCCCAAUCCUCUAAUGGUGAAGCCGGAAUCUGAGGAUCGCAAAGCCUCAUCUGUGGCCGCCGCCGCCGCCAAGAAAAUCGUCAUCAAGAGCGCCGAUAUGUUCGGCGACAUGCAGAAGGAGGCUGUUGACAUUGCUAUAGCCGCUUUUGAGAAGCAUAGCGUCGAGAAGGAUGUCGCCGAGCACAUAAAGAAGGAGUUCGAUCAGAGACAUGGCCCUACCUGGCAUUGCAUCGUCGGUCGUAAUUUUGGUUCUUAUGUGACACACGAGUCGAACCAUUUUGUUUACUUCUACCUGGACCAGAAAGCAGUUUUACUUUUCAAAUCUGGUUGAUGGUUGAUCUCCCCUUGACAAUGAUGCCACCGAGUAGUUUGGCGAGCCUGCGAUGAUGGCGCUACAACUAUUUCCUGUAUGUAUAAUCUAUUCUGCCAGUAUAUAAAUCACUUGGUGUAGCAUUUUAUAUAUUAUAACUGAUAUAUCAGUGGGCAGUAAAUUAAAUGGUGAAACAAGAAAUUCAAUGUAAAUGCAUUUACAUGAUGUCUCAAA